AUGAUGCUGGAGCCAAAAUACACGGGUUCUCCUGCAAUACUGGCACAGCGCCGAUCGACUUCUUCGUCAAAGUCUUCGAAUAUACUGCGUGUCAUAGACACUAAGAGGGAACUCCUUCGCCUCUACUCUUCCUCGGACGAUGAGGACAGCAAAAUCUCUAUAAAACCUGCAUCGCACCCUCUUAAGGAUCUUAUGCACGUCGAUGCCCAUCCAGAAUCAAUCAAAAAUGGCUCUGUGCGGGAAGACAUCGGUGAGGGCCGUGGUUUUAGCGAGGAAUUCGCUCACGACAAGGAGGACAGUAACACAAUUAUCAACGCUGAACCUGGGAGGCAAGAAAGGCCCCCAGAGGAUUCACCUCGUAUUCUCACGGCUCACGAGCAGCAAGCUAGAUCGACAAAGUCACUUCUUGCGUACAACCGAGAUCAUGGAAAUCCUGAAUACAUCGACCUUGCAGAGCCUAAAGUGCUGAAUGCCUACGGGGAACGUCUUGAAGCUAUGCGAGCUAGGAACGCCGAAGAGAACUAUCAUGAUCGGAUCCCUCCUGAGCAUGCGCCGCCUCAUAUGCAGAUGAUGGUAUUGCUCUACCAAUGGGCUGCUUGGGCUGUUGAGAUCUCUGACCAGAAGCGGCGUGCAGACAUGAUCAACUGGGUCAAUGGGAGAUUUCUGGCCUUCAUGAUGUCUGGUGGGCGCGUUCCAGGAUAUAAUCUUAAGGAGCUUUUGGAGCUUGCGGGUGUCGACCCAAAAGAGCUGUACAGCUACAAUGGUGAGUCGUCUCAGCAAGACUCCAUCGCAAAUAUGAGCAGUAGCCAGCUCGCAGCAACGAUCAGCAAGCAUCAGUUAGUUGAGGAGACCAUGGACGAAAGUGAGAAGGAGACGAGCUCAGCAGGUCUUGACCAGAACAACGUCGUUUCGCACCCUUCUCUCGUGCGGCAGCUUCUCGGAACAGAGAGUGAACCUAGCAUUGAAGGUGGAAGCAAUAAUGAUGCUGAGAAGCACGGUGAAUCCAAUGAAAUCAUGGACGAAACAGUCCACAGCGAUAAAUCGGUUCCUUUCGAGCAUCUUCAUGGACCAUGGCCCGCAGAAGCGCCAGAUAUGGUGUCUGAACCACCUUCAGGAAACACCACUCUUGGCAAGAGAGACGCCAUAUCUGAUAUUUCUGACGACGAUCAGGGUGUGAAAAGACAGAAACAUGAAAUUGCCAACGCCAGUCCGUUGGCGAAUACGGCUUCACCAUCCUCUUCUGAUGAUAACCUCCGUGAAAGAUACCUACAAACCUACUUCAAACCCAAAAUCAACGUGGUGUUACAAAAUCACCGGAAAUCCCGAUAUGUAAAGGGGAUGCCGGACUGGUCCACGAUUGCCAAGCGCCUGAAAGGGGUCAGUGUCAACACCAUCAGCGCUUUGCGGCACGAUUACCACGAAGGAUGGAAAACAUGGGAUGGCAGCUCCUUCACCGAGCUCGCGAAUACCUUUCAAAACAGCGCCGUGUCAGCCAAUAUCAAAGCAGAACCUUUAGCAACUGCCGCUGUGACCCCCAAUGCGCCAGUAGCCUCCGAACCACCGGUAAAGCCGAGCUUCAGUCCCAAAGCCAAGGCGAAGGCCAGACCUAAAGCAAGGAAAACAGAAGACUAUGACCCUGAAGAUGGCGAAUACACCGCCGCGAAGACAUCAGUCAAAACCCGCAACCAAUACGCCAAGUCCCUCAAUCUCCCGAAGAGCAGACGAGGCCGGCCACCCAAAUCUUGA